AUGCAUCUUCUGACUUCACUGCUGUCCCUGGCCCUUCUGUGUGGACUUUCUUCAACGGCACAGUACAAACGAAAUUUGGAUCUACUGGAUAUGAUGAAAACGCCACUGUUAAUGACAUAUCGCGAAGAAGUUCCGGAGAAUCAGCUUUACUAUUUGACGCAAUUGCAAGAGGUCCCAAAUGCACAUUAUUUCCGGCGGAAUGGUGUUGUACCUCGACUCUAAUGCAAUUAAUUUAUUCUUAUAAUGCUGAAAGUUCCACAAAUACUUUGUUUGUAAGGCCUAUGUAAACAGUAUUGUGAAU